AUGUCGGAACGAAAAGUACUCUCCAAGUACUACCCGCCCGAGUUCGAUCCCUCGAAGAUCAAGCGAACUCCCAAGUCGGAGCGGCCGACUGGACCAAAGCUUAUGCCAGUGCGUCUCAUGGCGCCUUUCAGCAUGAAGUGCACCUCGUGCGGCGAGUACAUCUACAAAGGACGGAAAUUCAAUGCUCGGAAGGAGACCACAGAUGAAAAGUACCUCACCAUUCCCAUCUAUCGCUUCUAUAUUCGCUGCACGAGAUGUAGCUCAGAGAUCACGUUCAAGACCGAUCCGAAGAAUAUGGACUACGCCUGUGAACGUGGUGCGAAGAGAAAUUUCGAGUCAUGGAGAGACCCAGAAAGUACCGAACUCAAGGAAACGGAUGAGGAACGGUUAGAUCGACUAGAACGCGAAGAGGCCGAAGAGGCCGAGAACGCGGAGCGCAAUGCCAUGGAAGAGCUCGAACAAAAGAUGGAGGAUAGCAAACGAGAAAUGCAGAUUGCCGAUGCAUUGGACGAGAUCAGGACUCGAAAUGCACGGAUAGAGCGAGGAGAGCGGGGCAACAAAGAGGAAGAAGCUCUAGCAUUGUCUCGACAGCAAGCAGAUGAGCAGAAGGCCGCACAAGAGCUCGCAGACGAGGAGGCCGCCCGAAAAGCUUUUCAACAAGCCAACGUUGACAAGGCACGGCUGGACGAAGCAAUCGAACUCCAAGGCGAUGUAGAUGCUGUGGAAGCUAAGCCGACAAGGCCUCCGGUGCCGACCUUCGAGAGAGUCAAGAAGCCCAAGAAGCCCUUGGUUCCCGUGCUGGCCAAAAAGACGGCAGACGUUGUCCCUCCGCUGCCAACUGCGCCAAAAACUCUAGGACUUGGACUAGGUGACUAUGAUUCUGAUUGA